AUGACAACGAAAUUAUUAGCAAAUCAAUUAAAUAGUAUAAUGAAUGAUCCUGUCGAAGGAUUUACAGUAGAACUAGUGAAUGAUUCAUCCCUUUAUGAAUGGAAGGUAAUUAAAUUAAAUUUAUAA